GGGCCCACGUUCCGACGAGCGCGGCCAGCGGCGGCGGCGGGAGCUGCAGUGAGCGCGGAGCUGGGGCGCAGCCAGGCGGCCGGGCGGGCGGGGGCCAGAGGCUGAGCCCGGGCCAGCCAGCCGGGGAGCCAGCCGCGCGCACAGCUCUGCCCACAGCCCCCUGAGCGGAUCCCGGCCGCCCCUAGGCUCUCCCCGAGUCUAUCCAAGCCCGCCCCCCGCCCGAAGUGCCCAUCAAUUUCCUUGAGUGACUACAGCGUGUGUUUUCUCUCUCUCUCCUUUCCCCUCCCUGUGUGCCCUUCUCCAGGAUGGCAGAGGCAGAAUUGCACAAGGAAAGGCUGCAAGCCAUAGCCGAGAAAAGGAAGAGGCAGACUGAAAUAGAAGGCAAGCGGCAAGAGCUCGACGAGCAGAUACUUCUGCUGCAGCACUGCAAGUCCAAAGUGCUUCGGGAAAAAUGGCUGCUGCAGGGCAUACCCGCUGGCACUGCGGAGGAGGAGGAAGCCAGGAGGCGGCAGUCUGAGGAGGAUGAAUUCAGAGUCAAACAACUUGAAGAUAACAUUCAGAGGCUGGAGCAGGAAAUACAAGCGCUAGAAAGUGAAGAAUCCCAGAUAUCCGCCAAAGAGCAAAUCAUCCUAGAGAAACUAAAGGAGACGGAAAAAUCCUUCAAGGACUUUCAGAAGAGCUUCUCCAGUGCGGAUGGAGAUGCAGUAAAUUGCAUUUCCUCCCAGCUCCCAAACCUGCCAAUCCUCUAUUCACGAACAGCAGAACCGUCACCUGGGCAGGACGGGACCAGCAGAGCAGCUGCUGUGUACGCCAUGGAAAUUAAUGUGGAGAAAGACACACAAACAGGAGAGACCAAGAUUCUCUCUACAGCCACCAUUGGCCCAGAGGGGGUCCAUCCAAGAGGAGUCAAGGUCUAUGAGGAUGGUACCAAAGUAGUGUAUGAGGUGCGCUCAGCGGGCACCGUGGUAGAGAACGGAGUGCACAGAUUAAGCUCCCAGGAUGUAGAAGAACUCAUUCAGAAGGCGGGACAGUCAAGCCUCAGAGGCGGGCGCGUGUCAGAGAGGACCGCGGUUGCAGAUGGGAGCCUGGGCCACCCUAAGGAACACGUGCUCUGCAAAGAGGCCAAGUUAGAAAUGGUCCAUAAAUCUAGGAAGGACCGCUCCUCCGGGAACCCAGGGCAGCAGGCCCGAGCCCCCAGCUCUGAAGGGCCGCAGGCGAACUUGGAUCAGCCCGUCACCAUGAUUUUCAUGGGCUACCAAAACAUAGAGGACGAAGAGGAGACAAAAAAGGUGCUAGGCUACGAUGAAACCAUCAAGGCUGAGUUGGUCCUCAUUGACGAAGACGACGAGAAGUCCUUGCGGGAAAAGACCGUGACGGACGUGUCCACAAUCGAUGGGAAUGCGGCGGAGCUGGUGUCUGGGAGGCCCAUCUCCGACACCACCGAGCCCUCAUCCCCAGAAGGGAAGGAAGAGAGCCUGGCCACAGAGCCAGCCGCAGGAGUCGGGUGGGAGAACGUGGUGGUGAAGGGCGAUGAGGCAGCCUCCGAUGCCACAGAAGCAUCCAGCGCAGACAUGACUAUCAAGAAGCCUCCCCAGCUCUCCGAGGAUGAUAUCUGGCUAAACCACGAGAGGGACAACUGUAGUGCCAACCCCCUGGAUGCUGUGAUCAGCCCUCUUCCCUCAAAUCACAAAAACAUGGAAAUUGAGGUCUCUGUUGCAGAAUGUAAAAGUGUUCCUGGAAUCACCUCUGCUCCACAUUCCAUGGACCACCCGUCCCCUUUCUACUCGCCCCCUCACAAUGGCCUCCUCGCUGAUCACCAUGAAUCUCUGGAUAAUGAUGUGGCCAGUGAGAUCCGAUAUCUAGACGAGGUGCUGGAGGCCAACUGCUGCGAUUCAUCUGCGGACGGAACUUACAACGGCACAUCCUCCCCGGAGCCUGGCGCAGCCAUCCUGGUGGGCAGCCCGAGCCCACCUGCCCACACCGCCGUCCAGCCAGAACCCACUGAGAGAGCAGCCGGCAGGCAGGUGCCUCCUCACAUUGAGCUCAGUAAAAGCAACUCUGACACCAUGGCGGAGGGUGACAGAGCCAACGGCCACUCCCCUGACCAGCCCAGAGAUCUGCUGGGGGACAGCCUGCAGGCACCCGUGAGCCCCAGCUCCUCCACCAGCUCGUGGUGCUCGUCCCGAGAUGGGGAGUUCACGCUCACCACGCUGAAGAAGGAAGCCAAGUUUGAGCUGCGUGCCUUCCACGAGGACAAGAAGCCCUCCAAGCUCUUUGAGGACGACGAGAAAGAACAGUACUGUGUCCGAAAAGUGAGGCCUACGGAAGAGAUCCUGGAGCUGGAGAAGGAAAGGCGAGAACUCAUCCGGAGUCAGGCCAUGAAGAAGAAUCCUGGCAUCGCGGCCAAAUGGUGGAAUCCGCCCCAGGAAAAAUCCAUCGAGGAGCAGCUGGACGAGGAACAUCUGGAGUCGCACAAAAAGUACAAGGAGCGCAAGGAGCGCAGGGCGCAGCAGGAGCAGUUGCUGCUGCAGCAGCAGCCCCCGCCGCAGCUCUGCACAGCCCCCGCCUCCGCUCGGGAACCUUCCGGCAUGGCCGCAAAGACGAAGGAGGACAUCGUCACAGAGCAGAUCGAUUUCUCUGCUGCUCGCAAACAGUUCCAGCUCAUGGAGAAUUCCAGGCAACCAUUGGCCAAGGGCCAGAGUAACCCCAGGCUCUUCUCCAUCAAGCCCUUCUAUCGGCCUCUGGGUUCAAUCAACUCAGACAAGCCACUGACCAUCUCGAGACCAGCUUCCCUCGGGGGUCCUGCAGAAGACGGUGGCACAUCAGCGGCCAAGGGGCAGAAAGCCCCCUGUGCCCUGGAGAGCCAGUCUCCGGGAGGAGGCCAGGGCAGCUCAGCUCCUCAGGGGAAGGAAGGGCCCUACAGUGAGCCCUCCAAACGCGGGCCCCUGUCCAAACUGUGGGCAGAGGACGGAGAGUUCACAAGUGCCAGGGCCGUCCUCACCGUGGUCAAGGACGACGACCCUGGGAUUUUGGAUCAGUUUUCCAGGUCUGUCAAUGUCUCUCUGACCCAGGAGGAGCUUGACUCUGGUUUGGAUGAGUUGUCAGUGAGGUCCCAGGACACCACUGUCCUGGAGACCCUGUCCAAUGAUUUCAGCAUGGACAACAUCAGCGACAGCGGGGCCUCCAACGAAACAGCCAACGCCCUCCAGGAAAAUUCACUGGCUGAUUUUUCUCUGCCCCAGACUCCCCAAACUGACAACCCCUCAGAAGGCCGAGGAGAAGGCGUCUCCAAGUCCUUUAGUGAUCAUGGUUUCUACUCCCCUUCGUCCACGCUGGGAGACUCUCCGUCGGUCGAUGACCCCUUGGAAUACCAGGCUGGUCUCCUGGUUCAAAAUGCCAUUCAACAAGCCAUAGCCGAGCAAGUGGAUAGAGCUGGGUCUGGAACCAGCAAGGGUAGAGCAGAACAACAGAGACCCAAAGCAACUCUGGAGGAAGCCGGGACUGGGGCUCCUCGCUCCGAGAAGCCUCAGAGCAUGUUUGAGCCACCUCAGGUGUCCUCUCCUGUUCAAGAGAAAAGGGAUGUAUUACCAAAGAUCCUGCCUGCCGAAGACAGGGUGCUCAGGGAACGGGGACCCGCCUCCCCACCGCCCGCGGUGCAGCCCAGUGGCCCGAUAAACAUGGAGGAGACCAGACCAGAAGGGAGCUAUUUCAGCAAGUACUCGGAGGCCGCAGAGCUGAGAAGCACAGCCUCGCUCCUGGCCACUCAAGAGUCUGACGUGAUGGUGGGGCCCUUCAAGCUGAGGUCAAGGAAGCAGCGGACUUUGUCCAUGAUCGAGGAAGAGAUCCGAGCAGCCCAGGAGAGGGAAGAGGAGCUGAAGAGGCAGAGACAAGUCUUGCAGAGCACCCAGAGUUCCAGGGCAAAGAACGCCUUGUCGCUGCCCUCCCGAACAUCGUGCUACAAAACCGCUCCCGGGAAAAUAGAGAAAGUCAGACCUCCUCCAUCCCCCACACCUGAAGGCCCCAGCUCGCAGCCUGACUUAGCCCCCGAAGAGGCUGCCGGAUCCCAGCGGCCCAAGAAUCUGAUGCAGACCCUCAUGGAAGACUAUGAGACACACAAAUCUAAAAGGCGCGAGCGAAUGGAUGAUAGUAGUUACACCUCUAAGUUACUGUCUUGCAAGGUGACUUCCGAGGUCCUUGAGGCCACACGGGUUAAUCGAAGGAAGAGCGCAUUGGCCUUGCGCUGGGAGGCGGGGAUCUAUGCCAACCAGGAGGAGGAGGACCAUGAAUAAUAAACUUUCUUCCACCCAGGAAGCUUCGUGCGUGCUUGGGUUACCAAGAAGCCAAGCCAUCCACACACCACAGCAUUUUAAUGGAAUAUUUAUUAAAGUGCAAACAAACUCGGCAAUCCUUCCGUAGACCAGAAGCUGCAAUGAUGAACCAUAACGUGAAAAAAGAAGUCCACCCAUCAAACUCUAACCCCCAGGAGUCACCAGAGAAAGGAUUUUUUGUGGCUCAGAGAAUCGCCUGGAUUUGGACCAAUCCGCAACUGCUCCAAAGGACAAAGAAGUUCCAAGCAAAUCAACAUGGUUGCUCCAGGCAGAACUGAGACCAGCCCGGCUGGGUGGGAGGAAACACAAUGGCGAUAGGGCCAUUUGAGAGCAGUGGGCCCAGGCGGGUGCAGUCUACAGGCACAGGUGCUCUCUGCACCCGUGGCCCGCCUACCGCUCAGCGUCAGAGGUGCUGGGUUAACUCCAUUGACUCCAGCAGCCAUAACGUGAAUCCUGUUUCUCUCCUUGCUGAGAAGAGGCAAUGAUGAUUCCAUUUAUCUUACAUUUCCUUGUUUUUAAUCUGGAGCAAUGAAUGAUCGCAAUACAUAAAAUCCCUAUUUUUAAGACAAUGUUUCUUCAUAUUGCAAAACACAAUCUGUUCUACAUGAGGAGGUUGAGAAAGGGGGAGAAAGCCAAAACCAAAUGGAUCAUUUUAGCUUUAGGAUCUUGUCUGCUUAUGCUAUGGACUGAUCUGCAGGUCAGGAGAACACAUUUUCAUGAUUAUGUUUCUUCCUAUGAAAACUAUAUUUAGUGGACAACAACUAUUUUUAUGAUGGGAUGGGGGAAUAUAUCCAUGUAUAAAGCCUGUACACAUUGAACAUCUGGUUCAAGAGGGUAGGGGUAUUUUUAGAAUGGCAACCAUGGAAAAGGGACAAACUCUGCCUUAGAGAGGUAGAUGACGAGAAAUGAAAAGGGGUUUAUAUUUUAUAUCAUAAAGUGGACUUUAGGGGUAGUAGGAAGAAUGAGAAAUUAUUUUGGAUUAAUCAGAAAUGAAACAUUAAAGAAAGGUCAUGAAGGUUGAGAGAGAAGGGAGGGAGGAAAAGUGGGGGAAAUAAGGAAGUAAGAGAUAUUUUUGUUGAGCAGCCAGUUUUUCCGGAUGAUACAGGAAAAUAUAGACUAGAAAUUAAAGUGCAGGCUUGGAAUCAGCUACAAAUGCUAAAGAUGGUGUGUGUGAGUGUGGGUGCUUGUGUACACACGCACUCACCUACCUCUGUGUGUUUGUGUAGAGUGUGUGUAUGUCAGGAUUAAAAUCCCAGAGCGAUCAUGAGACAGGGUGUACAGUUAUUUCCUCCAAAGCUCUUAGCCAGCAUCAGGAGUGAAUGAGGAUUUCUUUUUUAUGAAAAGGGAGAUAGAGGCACCGAACUGAUGCAGUAUUUGUCAUUGUCAACUGACCUAACAUGGUAUUUGCAUGAGUCACAAUUGCAGAGUUUGGACCAGUUUUGUAACUUGACGUUUAGGGAAGUACCAUAUUUAUUCUCAUGCUUUGUAUUCACGCGUAGCAUACUGUAGAGGAUGCCAGCUUUACUCUUUCUGUCAUUUAAAGCAAUAUGACAAGGGCACUCCAUAACGGAGUGCCCCACAUUUCUGGAUGAGAAAAUGUUCCAUUCUGGCCAAGAGAAAAAAACCUGACCAGCAUUCUUUUUCUUCCCCCCCCCCCACCUUUUGUUUUAAAACUGUGGUUUUUACAAAUAAGCAAUAAUGAAGUCAGACCUCACUAAAAUUCAUUUUUGUUUUUAUAUUGUUGUGUCCUAAGCUCUAAUAUGUUAUUCUGAUGAGUAGCAAUUCCACAAAGUUUGUAUGUAGGUGUUGUGCACAUUAUCUUUGUUUCUUUUAUUAGACUAGUGUUGACUUAGGGGGAAGUUUAUUGACAGACAAGUAGCGGGCACAAAGGAAAACUGGAACUGCCGGAUCAUUUACAAGGAUCCUUUAAAACUGCCAAGGGAGCCUGCAAUUUGAAGCCACAUUCUACCGAUGGGCAGUUGGUGCCAUCUUUGUAUGGAUCCUGCUCUUGAAUAUUCCAAGUGAAUAUUCAACGUGUGCGCCCACCACUGGGGGCACCAGACGAAUAAUAUCCCUGUGGCAGGAAAUUAAUUUUGGAGUGGGGGAGGCUGGCACGGAGGUAGACAUUCUCGGGAAAAUGAGGUCUGGGUUAGGUUAGAAGUCCUGUCAGGUGACAUGGGACAACCAGGAAGGAUGCUUUGUCCGAUAAUGUCCAGUGUCCCCAAGGCAGGCAGUGGAUGAAAACAGGUGGGUCGGCAGCUUCGUGGGGCCCAGGGCACAGCGGCCGCUGGCAAGGUGGAGAGGAGCAGGGCGCUUCUGUGGGUGGCACCAGAACUGAGCUGUGCUGCCUGCUUCCAGAACUGACUCGGGAUCUGGCUAGGACCAUAGACGUGAUCUAAACGACCUCCCAUCUUUCACAAGAGGAAGCAGUCCUCGGGACUUAGCUGGAGACGUGUUCUGGUGUGAAGGAAUCCCGUGUACCUACGUUCAGCCCACAUGUGAGAAGAGGAUUUGCAGCUGAGAGAAAGGCUUAGGAGACCACGCGGCCAUGAGAUCACUUCAGAGGCAGACACCUCGGUCUGUGGCUGGUUGGGCCAGAGGCACUUACGGCACUGAGUCCUUCGGUCCGAGCUCCAUGUGUAGAUCAGGUAACAAAUGCAGAGUUUCCAUGACAACCCGCAGUCACAUCGCUGUUUAACGGUGGCCCCCCUCCUCUCUGACAUGUGUCCAUUCCCCUACACUGCCUUCCACAGAUAACUGUUGUCUAUCUCCCCCCUCCUCUCACCUGUAACCCCACGACCGUGUAAAUUCCCUGGGAAGAGCCAGGUUUUCUCUGCGCUCUUGAGUUUUUUUACUCAUUCAAGCAACAUUGGGCCGCUGCUUUGUACAUAGCACUGCGCUAGACUCUGGGAUCCCUAGUGAACCCCUAUUUAACUUUCUGAAGAUGUAACAGAGCCCUGGAGGAGAGCCAUUCCUGCCGAAUCCUCCAAGAGGAAGAGGCUGGUGGGAACCUUGGCCUCCCACAUGCAUCCCUGCCCCCAAGUAGUACGCAAGCUUGCUCAUCUCGACUAUAACAGAUGGUUAGAUUCUGUAGAUGUCAGAGGCUUCCCUGAAAGUUAUGCCGUUCAGCAGUGUUUAUAGACUUGCCUCGUGGCUGAGUAACUACUGACAACCCUUGGCUUUCUCAUCCAGAAAUUAUGGAAACAGGAUCUGUCAGUGGCCGGAGGCCAGGCUGUGCUCUACUCAGAGGACACAAUGCAAUUUCCUUUGCCUCUUUCCACCCGUGCAUGCUGCCCACCCUAGACAAUGACAUAGAAGCAGUAUAUUGAUUAGUGUCCACACACACACACACACACACACACACACACACACACACACAGCAUAACAAGGAACACUAAAACAGUGUUGUCUCUUAAGACAGAUAAACAUUUUUUUCCAACUAAAAAUGGAUGUAAUUAAACUAUGUAUUGAAAAAAAAUAGCUUAAGUGUUUAGAGAUGGUAAAUAUAUCCAAUUUUAGUGACAACCAAUUUCCUGAAUUUUAAGCAUUCAGUGAGUGAGCUGCCAAUUUUGAUUUUGUGUUGCUCUUUACCCAAAUGACAUUGUUUUUGUUUUUGUUUUUGUUUUUGGAGGAGGAGGGGGCAAAAGCAGCAAUACUGUGUUUGAAUAUUAGACUCUGUAUCCGGCUCUCCUGUGUAUGUUAACCACUGACACGUCAUUCCUCUGCUUCGGUUUUAUAGUGAUUGUGAGGCAUUCAAUGCAAGUAUACAAUUAUUUUCUCAUUAAAA